CAGACACUCCCUUUCCCUCCAGACCAGAGAAUGUCCAUACAUUGGCGGGUUUUGUUGAAUUAGGCUACCAAACUAGUCCAGAGACUUUAUUAAUUAGUGAGUGUGUGGACUCUUGUCGGUGGAGUAGACUAAUUUGAAUUGUUGGUUGAGGCACUGAACUGACUGGUGUCCCAAAAACGACAAGUAGGCCGAUUGCUGCAAAAGUGAUUGAGAUCAAAUGUUAUAAUAGAGACAUUGACCUGCAGUCAAAAGCAGGCCAUAAGCAUGUUUGAAGCAUGUAUAUGGGACACCAAAACAGAUUUGGGGCCCCUGGCCCCUAAUUGGUUUGAGGAAUUGACUGUGAAAGCAUCAAGAAAAGAUGAAACAGAUGUGGGAGAAUCCAUGGCAACUGGACCAUCAAGCCAUGACAUCGCCUUUAAACCUCCAGGGAUUAAAGCAGAAAUGUUUUUGGCUAGUCAGACAUCUACACCCAAGCUCCUCCACAAGCCACCACUAGAUUCUCCAGAAUUCUUGACGAAAGGAACACCUGCAUCUGCACAGGUCUUGUUAUUGAAGGAGUCUAGCCUGUGCCCAUUUGGAUCAGAAAAAGAGAGUGGGCCUUUCAAUCACCAAAGAAGUACUGAACUAAAAAUAGUCCAUGAACAAGUGGAAACGCCUAAAAGAUUUUCGUCUGAAGUUGCACAGCGAAUUUCAGAAAGCCUUGGUGCCCAGAUUAAUCCCGACCUGUCCUGGAGCAGUUCUUUUAACACCCCAUCAUCUCUGACACCAACCCUCAUUUUAUCUAAGAGACAAGAACCAAGCUCAGCUGUCAAGACUUCUGCAGAAAGGAUAGUUUUUGUGCGGCAGCUUUUUCCUCCCGUCUUCAAAGAUGAUAUCUUGGAAACAUCAGAAGCGGGCAGGCCAUUCAUUGAGGAGGCUAAAGAAAAGAAGAUUGACUGCUCUCCAGAGGAAGAUAAUUAUGUCAGCUGUGGGUGGAAACAGAGGGUUCCGGAUGCCAUAGAUGAUGGAGAACUGCGAACAACGGUGGAACGUGUUCUUGAUGGCACUGAAGAUGUCCUUUCCUUCCUCUUCACGAGCAGGAAGUCAUCCCUGCAAAGGGUGAGGACCAGAGAGCAGGUGGAGAGGAGGUUAACCUCUGCAUUACAAGAAGAUCCUCAGGCUCUAGACGCUACAGUGGCUCACAGAAAGCUGGCUGGAGGUACAAAGCCAGACUUGCCUUUCAGUGAUCUCGCCAAGCCAGGAGAGAUCAGCUAUCCCCUGAAGAAGAGAGACUAUGAAAUUACACAGUGGACUCCAUUAAGCUUGUCUGAGAUUUCAGGUUCAAAUAUAGAGCAGGUUCGCGCAGGUGAUUCAUCUACUGACCAGCAAACUCCACAGCAUAUGCAGCAUCAAAAGCAGGAUGAUGCCUCUCAGCAUAAUCUGCAGACAUCUUUAUUGCAGGUUAUAGAUGGGCAGGAAUCCCUGUCAGACAUGCAGCUGAAUGCACCUCAAGUUUCCACACUGGAUGCCUCAUGUGCACCUGUCUCAUGUGCACCUCCCUCAUGUAGGAAACCCAAGAAGUUUAUUUACCCUGCAGGAAACUCAAGUCAAGAUGUCAGGCAGCGGUUUAACAAACCUCUUCAUCAGUAUCAAACUGUGCCAACACAACAGCAAACACCAAAUACACACAGAAGCAGAAGCCAAGUUUGUAACUCUACAAUUUUUGAAAAAGAUGUUGACAUGUCGCAGCUGUGCAAGGCAUUUGCAGUAGAUUUUGGUCAAGAGGUCUGCCCAAGCACAUCAUUUGUGAAGCAUGAGGAAGUAGUGCAGGGCCAAAGCUCCCCAAAUCCUCCUCCAGUGAUGAACAUGGAUGCUGGAGCUCAGCCACUGUGUGAACGCCAGACUGACACAUUUGAUGAGCAAAAUGGCUCUUCCAUCACUGGACAGAAUGCCUUUCUGUCACAGCUUGAUAUAAGUAACAACCACAACAACAACACAACCUCCAGUGAUGGUCAUUCCACUACAGGAUAUGAAGCAUCCAGGUGUUUCACAGCGUCUCAAAGCCAAGCUUUUUCUGGUUUCAAAACGGCCAAUAGUAAGACUAUAUGUAUUUCACAGGAAGCUGUAAAUGUGGCAAAAGACUUACUGGAUGCAUUUGCUGGAACUGAUCUCACAGACUCUACUGCCCUACACAACAGAGACGGAUCAGACAACACUGAAGGCACUCAGGAUUGUAGAAAGAGUAACCAUGUGCUCUGCCCAGGGCAGAAGAACACUAGACUCCCACCCGACAGAAGAAUAGCAACUCAGAAGAGCAGUACUCCUCAUUACCCUUUGGAUGUGUGUGGUUUCAAAACUGCCACAGAUAGAAGAAUAAAUGUUUCUUCAUCGAGUCUCUGGAAAGCCAAGAAAAUGUUCAAGGAAUUAGAAGAUGAAUCCUCAAUAGAUAAUAACCUCAUUGGAGUCCAGUUAAAAGAGGUUAGUGGAAAACCACAGGUCCUUGAGUCAGACUUUGAUGUGAAGAGCAUAUCACCUCUGCUGGUACUUCCUCUCAGUUCAGCUGAUGCUUGCUCAGCCUUAACGGCAUCACAAAAAGCAGACGUGUCUGAGCUCUGCAGCCUGCUAGAGGAUGCAAACAGCCAGUGUGAGUUCACACAAGUCAAACCAGCCAAGGUGAACUCUAGCAAACCCCAGGAAUCUGCUCAGCAGGCAGGGGAGAGAGAGUGGGACCCAGAUAUUCUGACAGGCAUCAACUUUGAUGAUAGUUUUAGCAAUGACAUAGAACAUCAUAAGUCAGUGCAAAGAGAUGGUGUUAAAUUAAAUAAUGUUUUACAUAUCAAUGUUGAAAAUAUGUCAGUAGGUAAAAUAUCACAGUCAGACUUUAAGACUGAUUUAAACACUUCAGUGGAAAAUGUAGUAAAUGUGCAGGGCAAUGAUUUAGGUAGAAGUCAGAACAGCUGUGCUGGAAUGAUAAACAAUCAAAAAUCCAUGGUCAGGAAUCCAGAGUUCAUAGACACCUCUGGGAGAAGUAAGUCAUUGGACAACUGUAGUUUUGAUAGUGAUUCUUGCAUUAAGGAAGAACCCAAAGCUGCCCUCAGUAGAACUAGUAUGUCUGGGGAUGAAAGUAUUUUUGGUAAAACUAUAUUGAAGAUGAACUUCAGUGUAGCACUCAAUUCAGCCAUUUCUUGCUCAGGGGAAAACCUCUGUGGAUUCAGAACCGCGGGAGGCAGGAAGGUGCUUGUGUCUGAAACUGCACUCCUUCAGGCGAAGGCAUUUUUGAGUCACUGUAUUGAUUCUGACCACAAAGAAUUUGAGGAGGAACUUGGUGAUGUAAAUGCCACAAUACAUAAACAUGGAAAAAUGUUAAGUGGUGCUCCGACAGGACAAGAAGAGUCUACAGUGUGUGGCAUUGGUGCCCCUCACAGUCUGAAAACAACCAUUACAGGGAUUACACUCAAAGCUGGUAUUGGUGGACAGUCAUGUGGACUCAGCACAGAAGGCAACAAGAUGGAUUGUGUAUCUGUAGAGGCAUUACCAAACGUCAGGAAUCAUCUGGAUAAGGUACAUCAGUCAUAUGAGUGUGAAUCUAAUCAACAGAAUGCAAAUUCAGUAACUCAAGUUGUUGAUAUAAAGUCUAGGAAAGGAUACAGGACAGUAAGUCAGAAAGUUGCAUGUGUUUCUACAAAAGCCCACCAGGAUGCAUCAACUUUAACAGACCGUGUUGGAUGUGCAGUGAAUUCAACCUACAUAGAAACAAUGCAAGGCACUCAAUUGGAGUCCAAUUUGAUGGGUUGUAAUCCAGUCAAAAGAGACUCUGGUUUCAGAACUGCAAGGGGGAAAUCUGUGCUUGUGUCUGAAAAAGCGUUGUUAAAAGCAAGGAGUAUUUUGAGUGAGACUGCAGAAAAUAGCCAUUGUGACGCUGUUAAACAUGUAAAUGAUUUUACAAACUCUUCAAUGAAAACGCUGCCAGUUACCAAAAAUCCUGAAGUCUUAAUUUCUGGAAAACCUAUUGGGGAGGAUGUGGAUUUGUUGAUGGAUAGUGAUGUGCCAGAAAAAAGGGAACACGAAACAGACACAGGUCACAGUGAUUCCGGAAAAAGCUUUGGAUUUAGUACAGCAAAUGGGAAACUUAUAUCUGUGUCUAGUACUGCACUUCAGAAAGCACAAAAACUUUUAAAUGAAUGUGUACAGCCACAAGGCUUAGAACAGGUUAAUGGUUCUACAGUAGAACCUCCACCAGUGCAAAGAAACAGUGAGCAAGAUUGUUUGGGUUUCAGCACAGCAAGUGGUAAAGGAAUAUAUGUUUCAGCAGAGUCCGUUCAAGCUGUGAAAGCGCUAUUAACUGAUUGCGAUUCAUUAUCAAAAAUAAACUGUAUCAAAAUUAAACAUGCUCCCAAAAAUGGACUGGAUAAAGAUGCUGGCAGUCUCCUUGGUAAUACCUCUGAGGACAUGAUAACUGGAUCUGUUCUAGUAACAAGUGGGGACAUUAGUAUAAGUGAACAUUCAAUCCAUAAUCCAGGAGUCACCCAUUGUGGGUUCAGCACUGCAAGUGGCAAACUUGUGUCCGUAUCCAGUAUUGCUGUCGAACAUGCCAGGCACCUGUUUGAUGAAAGCCUAAGACCAGAAGAUUCGAAGCCCUUAAUAGGUGUUGCAUUGCAGCAUGAUGAACAAAAGGAUCUGCAGGACAGAGGUGUGAAUAUUUACAAAGCAAGUGGUAAAUCUGUGUCCAUGUCUGCCACGACACUUAAAUCUGUUCAUGCUAUAUUUGAUGAUUGUGGUCAUGUUCCUGCUGUCAGUUGUGGAAAAAACACAAAGAAUUCCUAUCAUACUGAUUCCGAGGCAAACAAUAUUUUGAGUAGUCCUAACAUCACACCAGAGACCCAAAAUGAAGGCACAAAAUGUGGAGAACAUUCAACCAUAUCUUUUGGAUUUAGCACAGCAAGUGGUAAAGAUGUUGCUGUAUCAAAGAAAGCUUUGAAGGAGGCAUAUAAGCAGUUGGAGAAAUGUGGUGGAGAAACGCUACCUAAAAAGAAUUUUGACAUUGCACCAGAAAAACACCUGAAGCCUGCAGUACCCCCAGACUCUGAGAGGAACCAGUGCAACAUUUCCUAUUUGUCAAGACCACCUAAAAGGCACUCCUCUGGGUUGAGCUUUCAGUCUGAUGGUCUGAGUAAUUGCACCACUACCCAGCAAAGAUACUUUGAACAGGAAGCUGACGCUUGCACCAAGGCCUUACUGGAGGAUGAAUAUCUUCAUGAUACUCUCCAUGGGACAUCAGGUGCAAGUCCAGUAAAUCCACAUGUGGAAAAAAGAUGGAGUGGAAAACGGGAUUGGGAAUAUGAUGAUUCCAAAGAUCAGCCACCUCUGAAAAGACGUCUUCUAACAGAGUUUAACAAGUCAAAGAGACCCCUUGUGCCUUUGAAAAGCUUCCCAAAUGGUGUUUUGAAUGAUCGGACAGUAACAUGCAACGUGUCACUAAAGCCAAAUAUUACUCAACCACAUAGGACUACUAUGACACCAAAGAGGAUAAAUGAAGAGCCAGAGUUGACUACUCCUGUGUCCUAUGCCAAACAGCAGGAAAAGUUGCCAGUGUUUGUGCCCCCUUUUAUUAAACAAACAAAUCCUGAACAUCAGAAAGGGGAGAAGUCUCUGGCCCAUAGAGCACCGAGGGGUUUUGUGCCACCGUUCAAAACGAAAGUAAAUGACUGCAAACGUCCCUUUGACUCUGUUGCUGGAUCUGAAGACCAUACUGAGAUGCAUGAAAAAUGCAAUGGUUUUGUUCCUGUGAUGAAAAAGAUUUGCCCUCAUGCUGAGGCUUGCAUUCAGGACUGCUCUGCCCUUUCAGACUUAAGUCACAGCAGGAUUCUUCCUUGCAGAGAUGGGGAUGAUCUCAAUCACAAGGUUGAGCAUGGCCUUAAUCAUGAGGCACCAAACACAGAUGUACACACAGAAGGUUAUAAAUCACCUAGCCCCUCAGAGGAAGCCUUACAUUGUAUACAACUUGCUAGAGAGAUGCAGGACAUGAGGAUCAGAAAGAAACGGCAGACAAUCAGACCUCUUCCAGGAAGCCUCUUCCUUGCAAAGACAUCUGGCGUAGCCAGAGUCUCACUCCGAGCCGCUGUGGGAUACAAGUGUCCAAGACAGCACUCAGAGGAAAGGUUGUAUAUGUAUGGAGUGCCCUCUGAGGUGUGCCAUGUCAGUAGUGGUAGUGCAAAGUCUUUCAAGUUUCCAUGGAAGCACUUCUUCAAGUGGGAGGCACUCAGUCAAGCUGGUGGAGUUCAGCUGGCUGAUGGAGGCUGGCUCAUCCCAGACCACAGAGGAAUGCUGGGAAAAGAGCAAUUUUACAGAGCACUGUGUGAUACUCCUGGUGUGGACCCGCAGCUGAUCAGCGAGGAAUGGGUGUAUAACCACUACCGCUGGAUAGUGUGGAAGAGGGCUUCCAUGGAGAGGGCCUUUCCCCAGGAGCUGGGAGGCAUUUGCCUUACCCCAGAGCAGGUGCUACUGCAACUAAAGUACAGGUAUGAUGUGGAGGUGGACAGGAGCCAGAGAUCAGCCCUGAGGAAGAUCAUGGAGAGAGAUGACUCCCCAGCCAAGACAUUGGUCCUGUGUGUGUGUGAUGUGGAGACCUCUGGAACAACCGGCAAAACUGAAGGACCAAUAUCCACCAUCUGGCUAACUGAUGGCUGGUACAUGAUCAGGGCUGCACUCGACCCUCCCCUUACUACUUUGCUGCAGAGAGGGUGCUUGAGUGUGGGAGACAAGCUGGUGACUCAUGGAGCUGAGCUGGUGGGCUCUCAGGAUGCCUGCCCUCCUCUGGAGGCUCCUAAAUCUUUGAUGUUGAAGAUUUCAGCUAACAGCACCAGACCAGCACGGUGGGAUACCAGGCUGGGAUACCACUGUGACCCACGCCCUUUCCAGCUCCAGCUAGACACCUUGUUCAGUGAUGGAGGUGUGGUGGGCUGUGUGAAUUUACUGGUGCUCAGGAGCUACCCCAUGCAGUGGAUGGAGAAAACAGCUGGAGGGGUGUUCAUCUUCCGCAGUGAGCGUGCUGAGGAAAGGGAAGCCAGGAGUCACGAGGAACAGAAGCAGAAAGCCAUGGAGUCACUCUUCAGCCGCAUUCAGACUCAGCUGGAGAAGGAGGAGGAGCAAAAAAGGAAAAAUAGGAGGGUACAGAAACAGACACUUAGUCGUCGAGAGAUGGAAACUUUACAAGAUGGGGAGGAACUUCAUGAGGCCAUGGAGUCUGACCCAACGUACCUACAGGCUGACCUACGUGAGGAGCAGUUGGCCAGUCUUUGCAGCUUCAGACGCUCAUUGGAGGAGAGGAGGCAGGCGCAGCUGCAGGACCGUUUCCGACGGGCUUUGCAGGAGGCAGAGCAGGGGAGUGCCAGUUGCGCCAGUAGGGAUGUCACCCCAGUGUGGAAACUUGCAGUCUGCGACGCCAACCGCCAGCAGAGCAGCAGCAGUAAAGGCUCAAUUUUCCUGCUUAACAUCUGGCGCCCUUCAAUGGAGUUGGUCUCACUGUUGAAGGAGGGGGGUAGAUACCGAGCCUAUCACUUGUCCACAUCAGAGGACAAGAGGAAGGCCAGCACCGCUGCUAUCUCACUCACUGCCACCAAGAAAACACAUUUUGAGCAUAUGAAGGUUGUGCCGGAGCUGUUACAAGAAGUAUUUGAGCCACGUCAGUGCCCAAGCUUCAACUCUCUUCAGAGACAUUUAUUCCACUCUACCUAUGGGGAGGUGGAUGUUGUAGGAUAUGUCAUCUACAUCAGUGUCAAAAAUGGUCUCUCUCCAGUGUUGUACCUAGUUGAUGAGAGGGUGGACUUUGUGUCUGUCCGCUGCUCCAAUACUCUGAGGCAGCUGGCUGUGGAGGAGCUUGUGAAGCCCCAGACCCUUUUAAUUGUGAGCAACGCCCUCAUCCAUCAGGCCUCAGCACCCAUUCCAGCCUUGUAUGCAGGAGACUUUACAGCGUUCAGAACAAGCUCUUCAGAGCCUCAUACCCAGGAGCGAACGAGACAGCUAAAAAGUCUAGUGCAGAACCUAGACCAAUUUUUUAAGAGUGCAGAGGAGAAACUGUCUAACUUAAUCCCCAUGCAAAGCUUAUUGACCCAGUCAUGUUCAAGUUUGACAUCUGAUCCAUGUCAGAAUGCAUGGAAUAAGCAGCCACAACUGCCCAUUACCCCUGUGGGCAAGGGGACUCUGGCAACCGGGACCUCAGAGGGAAACCACCCAAAAAGCCUGAAAAGACGAAGGGGUUUUGAGUACCUAUCACGUAUCCCCUCUCCCCCUUCUCUUAGCCCCCUGGUUGCUGCAAUAUCCCCUCAUGUGAAGAAAACGUUCAAUCCUCCUCGGAGGUCUGAUAUACUGUGUACUAAGAGCAACACCUCUAUUCUAUCACCACAAGUGCCUAACUUUCCUCGAUCAGAAGACGAAUGGGUGAAGGAUGAGGAGUUAGCCUUGAUAAACACUCAGAAUUUGCUGGAUUGAUUGGUUAAAUAAACCAAACAGAAUUUCCAUUUGAAUGCAUGACUUGACGCAAGGACAGUAGCAUUGGACAGGCCUAAUGUAACUUCUGUAAAUAAACCCUAAUUGAAUAGA